GAAAACUGUUAGAGGUUUAACAGUACUAACUCAACUAGCAUCAAAUUUCCUUGAAACCAAUCACUACUUGACGUCUGCUGACAUGAUGGUGAUUUUAGGAGCUGUAAUUGCAUUACUCUUGGGUCAUAGUCUGGCCCAGGUGCAUGUCCUCCCAAUGAUUGACCCACUGGCGCCUUUAACGUGUUACCACUGUGAUGAACAUAUGCAUAGUUUUCCGGAGUGCUUAUCAACACCAGUCACGUGUCAUGCUGAUGAGGUUUGUUCUAUCGCCUACUCUACAGAAAAAACAAAUAUAAAAUGUCAAAAGGCCUCAGAAUGUGCUUUACUUACUUCUCAUGCAGCUAGACCCUGCGCUGAAGGUGGAUUCCUAUUAAACACAGACCAAUGCCAAACUUGUUGCAAUACCUCUACUUGUGUUGGUGAUUUAAUAUCAAAGAACAUCUCAGUUCAGAAUGACGAUAUUUUUUGCCCUAGUCAGUGCUCAUCCUUAGACCUGGCGGCAUGCGUUCAUUCUCAAAUUCACUGUACUCACGGACAGUAUUGUGAAGUGACUGUUGAUGAUCAUCACACUGUUCACGGAGCUUGUAAGGCAGCUCAUGAGCUGCAAAGAUGCAACGAGGACAAAAAUAAACAUCCCUGCUCUUCAACAUUUCUAAAUGGUGGACACGGCACAAGGUGCGUCUGGGAUUGCUGCACAACUCUGGACUGUUUGAAAGCACACUUUGGAGCCUUUCUGGCAAUACCGACUACUCUAAACAUAGCGGUGACUUCAACUGCACCCGUUCAAGUAACAUCAGUCAGAUGUUUGUCCUGUAUUGGAAGUGAAUGUCUGACGUCUUCACAUAUUGAACAGUGUACUGGGGGUUUAUGUAGACACAUAGUGAAUCACCUAAGUACUGGUCAAAUUUUUCAAGAGAAAGGUUGUGCCACAAGGGAAGAGUGUCACUUGUUCUGGACCUCUGAAGAUAUGAUCAUAAAACAGGAAUGCAUGCUUGCUUUAGAUCCGAACCUUUCCGUGCAUGUGCCACUGAACUGUCACUACUGUUGCAGCGGCGACUUUUGCAAUGUUGCAAACAUCACUUCAAGCAAUGUGUUUAAUCUUUAAGAAUUGUUCCAUCGGACACUUGGUCUCGUAUCUUUGAAAAGGAAUUAAAUAAGUAUUGAGUAAUUAA